UCAAAGGCACCGGCUGUAAUCUCAGUGUGUUUGUGCCUUCAAAAUCCCUCCUUUCCUCACUGCUCUAGAGCAGGGAUGGGAACCCACACAGACCUGUGAUUAUUACCCACACCUCUUCAAAGAGCACGUUGUAGGUAAACAAUGAUUAUCCCCAGCAGUUGGCUGCCUCUCUACUUUGCAAGCCUAGGGCUAUGUUACAUCUUGACCUUCAGUAGCAUGUUUUUCUUUCACUGGAAGAAAGUCGUCCAGCGGGAGCAACGUGCAAAAGCGUGGGUUGAGCUGAUGAGCAGCGAAACAUUCUUCCCCAAUGCAGUAGUUCACUGGGCUAACAAGAGAGCUCAUUAUGGGAUUAAAGCAGAGGUAUGCACUCCUGAGUCCAGUGCCAGCCCAAAGCAAAAUGGCAAAAGCUUUGACAGGGAGAACACCACAGGCAGGGAUGGAGCUUUCUUCCCUUCCCUCACAGGUGAGAGUUCAUACAAACUGGUGUUUCAGGAGCUGCCAUGGGCUUGUUCACUCGCCAGCCUGCCACCGCUGCUCCAUCAUUCAACCUCUUAUCCUUUUUCAGCCAUUCCAUCAAGGACUGUUCCAUUCAGCUCUCUUCCUGACUUCGUUACAUUAGGAAAUGUGAGAUGCCACCUCAGUAAUGGCAACUCUGCUUGUGAGAUAUAACUCAUGACAGACCCACAGUGGACUGCAUCAUUUGGGAUGGAAACCAAAAUAAAACAGAGAAAACUCUUUAAAGUCAAAUAAAACAAGCUACUGUCACCAGAAUACUUUCAAAAGGCA